AUGAUGGAGAAGAAUUGCGGAGGAGCAGUGCUGGUUUUUUUCCUCUCGUCGCCACUAGGCGAGCAUCCAUGGUCGUCCGACCUGAAGCGAGCGGUCACACCGGCAGACUCGUCAGAGCGAAAAAACUUCGAUGCUCGUACGCGUCCUUUCUGUGACGUCUACCGCAUCAAUGUUUUUACAGUUCGACUGCUAAACCCACAUUAUGUGAACUUCUGGCGAAUCGCUUUGGCACAAUUGAUCGACGAGAACGGAAAUUUCUACACUCUUUCGCAGGAAAAUACUUUCGAAACACGAUUGGAGUUCAAAAAUAAGGGAAUUCUAGAGAGAACGGGUUUCGACUCACCGGCACUGUGA